AGCACCGACAUACAUUAUUAUAUGUAUUAUAUUAUAUGUAUUAAAUAUGAAUGGUAUAUGGCGGUCCAAACAAAAAGCAUCCGGCCAUACACUUGUCUUUUCUCUCUGUCUUUCCACCAUACCCCUCCCAUUCACAUUCAUUCGCACUGCCCAAUCUCUUUGACACUGCCUGCAACAAUUUCUCCGAUCAAAACCUCUGUUUUGAACCAUGUUGCCGGAAAAACCAGUUGCUCCACCACCGUGGGUCCUGCGGUCGACGAUUCACUGGUCUUUCAGGAUCCUAAUAUUUGCUUUUGCUCUUGGUUUACUGAUUUUCUGGGGUAUUGAUGGCUUCAGUGUUACUGAUUUCCACAAUGAUUUUGUUACCACGUUUGAUGGCAAAGCAGCUGUAAACAACUUCACCCUCACCCAUCCAGAUUCAGUUUCCGUUCUUCCUCCUCAGUUUAACUUGAAUUUAACUAUCCAAAAACCCUUGAAAGCUCCAGAUCCGGUGAGUCUGAAGUGGGUUUCAGCUGAGCUGGACCCGGAUUACUCAGCGAACCUACUAGCACAGUGGUUAACUCCGGGCGGGGAGCCCUGUAAGGAUUCCUCCACCGAGGAUAUUAUUAUCCGGGGUUUGGACCGGGGGGAUAUAGAUACUAUCGAGUUGUCUACGGGAGAUAUCCAUGAAUAUGUUAUCCAAGCAGUGGAUGGAUCGGGUAACCCGCGUUGUUUGGGCGGUGAUUACUUUGAAAUCGAUUUAUCCGGUGAAACUUGGAAAUCUCGUCCUCCGAUUAAAGAUUUGAGCAAUGGGACUUACUCAUUUUCCCUACAAGUUCAUCCCGAUUUUGCUGGAGACUAUAAUCUAACGAUAAUACUACUGUUUCGACACUACCAGGGGUUAAAAUUCUCCCCGGAGCGAUUCGCCUUUGAUAAACUUCUUCGGGUUGUUCGGAUAAGGUUCAGCAACUCGAACGGGUCUGCUCGGUUGCCGGAAAUCGAGCAAUGUAAGAAGUCGGAUUACAAUCGGGAUGUGUGGGCGGGUCGAUGGACCCGCCACGGGAAGAAUGAGCAUUGCCGGAUCAGCAAUGACGGACGCUACCGGUGUUUGAAACCGGAUUACCCGUGUAAACACCCGUGGUGUCAUGGGCCUCUGGGAUCCGUGGAGAGUAAUGGGUGGGUUUACUCGACCCAUUGUUCGUUCAAGUUGUUUGAUUCCGAAUCGGCUUGGAAUUGUUUGAGUAAUCGUUGGUUGUUUUUCUGGGGCGAUUCGAAUCACUGUGACACCAUUCGGAACUUGCUUAACAUUGUUUUGAAUUUUGAAACGGGGAUUAUUCCGCGGCUGUUUGAUAUGAACAUUACUAACCCGAGUAAUCCUCGGCAGUCGUUCAGGAUCACAAGUGUUUUCAACGGGCAUUAUAACCAUACCGGAAACUAUCAGGGGUUGAAUUCGCUAUACAACCAUGGUUACCGAGAGUACUUGAACAACUACUUUUCUGGGGAGACUGUUCCGGACACGUUGAUCAUGAACUCGGGGUUGCACGACGGGGUUUACUGGCCGAAUUUGAGAAGAUUCAUAAAGGGGGCCGAGGAUGCUGCAGCAUUUUGGGCGGAGGUUCUUGAUGGAGUGAGGCGGAGAAAGGUUGCCGUCCCGAAUGUUAUUUACAGGACCACCGUGGCGACGGGUGGGUAUGCGCGGAGAUUGGUGUUUAAUCCCAACAAAAUGGAAGCGUUUAACGGUGUGUUUGUAGACAAGUUGCGGCAGUUGGGUUUGAUUGAUCAUGUGAUAGAUCAUUUCGAUAUGACUUAUCCUUGGCACUAUGAUAAUCGGUGCAACGACGGGGUGCACUACGGCAGAGCUCCAGCCAAGAUGAAGUGGCGAGACGGUGAGAUCGGUCACCAAUAUUUUGUCGACUUGAUGUUGUGUCAUGUGUUGCUCAAUGUCCUGUGCUCAAAAUAGGCUAGGAUAUGUAUGUAUGUAUGCAGUAUAUCUUGUAUUUUUUCACAGUUUAGACCGUGGGGUUUGGGGCAUGGGUUGACACGUGGCUUGGGUCGGCUUCGCUGGGCUGACCCACAUUGAAGACGGUAUGGUGGGGCGGAGGUUUGGGGCGUGGCCAACCCAAACUAUAUUUUUUUAUAAACAAAUUUAGUUUACUUUAAUUUCAUGGUGUCAUAAAGAACCUGCCAAAACAUCUUAUACAUGUGCUUUUUCAAGUA